AAUUUAAUCUGAAACAGCAAACCCUUUGAAUACGAGUAUUAUUAUUACAGGAAAUAAAUAGAUAAAGAAAACAGAUAGAGAAAAGAAGGGGUUCAGCAGUGAAGUUGUAACGAACAUUCUCAAUAAGAUGGACGAUCUUUAUGUUAUGGGGAACACGAACACUCACCACUGAGACGCAGUGUGUAGGGUUUUUUUAGUAGAGGUUUUACGGCGCUCGCAACUGCAUAAGGUCAUAUGAGCGCCAGUGUGUGGGUGUAGAGACAUGGCGUUCUGAUGUGAAUGACGUUUGACGUGGGACUUCCCCUGUUCAAGUUGUGAAGAUGGGCAACAAGGUUACCACAUUCACAGAGGUUCAGUUGGAAGCCUAUCAGGGUGUUUCAGAGGUUCAGGGAGUUGGCACCAGAUAUGAUUCCGUACGACAUGACAAGCGACGAGGGGUCAAGGUUAAAGAUCCCUCUAGACAAGCUUGAAGAAAUGCCAGAACUUAAGGAGAAUCCCUUCCGGCGUCGCAUCUGUCAGGUUUUUUCUGACGACGGCACUGGCGAUAUGGCCUUUGAGGAUUUCCUAGACAUGUUCUCCGUCUUCAGCGAAGCUGCUCCAAGAGACAUCAAAUCGGCAUACGCCUUCAAGAUCUAUGAUUACGACAAUGACAACUUUUUGGGCAAGUUUGACCUCGAGAAGACUCUGAAGUCACUGACCCAGGAUUCGCUGACCAAAGAUGAAGUCACUUUCGUGGUUAACAAGGUUCUGGAAGAGACAGAUUUGGACGAUGAUGAGAUGCUGUCCUUCAUCGAGUUUGAACACGUGAUAUCCAGAGCUCCGGAAUUCUUGAACACGUUCCACAUUCGGAUCUAAGCGAUGACGAAGACCAAGCUCUGAUGUACCCUCAGACGAACCGCCAAGUGGAUUCACCAGCAGAACGAUGACAAUAGAUGGCAAUGUGAAGUUUUCGCCAAAAUGUUUGGCACCAAUAGCACUUCUCAAAACUUCUUUAAAGCUUACCUGUCGCCGAAAACGUAGCAAUCUGUCAUUCUACAAGUGUUUAGAACCAAUAGCACUUCUCAAAACUUCUUUAAAGCUUACCUGUCGCCGAAAAAGUAGCAAUCUGUCAUUCUCCAAAUUGGUCGCUUUUAAGGACAAGCGGGCUUACCCAGAUAUCGGUGGUUACCAGAAAUCUUGACCC